CCGCCCCCAGUGCUUGGGCUCCGAUUGGCCGGCGCCAUAGUAGGGCGGGGCCAACUCUUAAAGGUCCAGGAACUAAGCAUACCGGGAGGAGGCGGUGGCCGCUGCGAAAAACCUAGUGAGGCGAUGCCUCACAGUCACACGAAUUUCUUUUAAACCUAUGUGAAGCCCAUCCCCUAGUGGCCCAUGGAGCCCACAAGAGCCUGUCCACUUUUCGGGGGCGCCUUCUCCGCUAUCUUCCCCCAUGGGGCCAUUGACGUAAGCGACCUCCGACCGGUCCCGGACAACCAGGAAGUUUUCUGCCAUCCCAGAACCGACAAAAGCCUGAUCGUAGAACUUCUGGAACUGCAGGCCCACAUGCAGGGAGAAGCGGCUGCGCGGUAUCAUUUUGAGGACGUUGGCCGGGUGCAGGGGUCAAGGGUCCUGCAAGUACAGUCUGUGCAGCCCCUGAAUCUGGAGAGCCUGGCCUUGAGGGGCUGCUGUCAAGAAGCCUGGGUUCUCUCUGGCAAGCUGCAGGUAGCUAAGGAAAACCAACAGGUAGCAAAGGAUGUGACACUGCAUCAAGCCUUGCUGCGAGUGCCUCCAUACCAGACCGAUCUCUUGGUCACCUUCAAUCAUCCCCCCCCUGACAACAGGUCAUCUGUUGGCCCUGAAAAUCUGUCACCUCCUUCCUGGAACCUGGGUGACUUUGAACAGCUGGUGACCAGCCUGACCCUUCAUGAUCCUAGCAUCUUUGGUCCCCAGUAAAGAUGCUGAAGCACUGCAUGAUGCUGCUAAGGACUUAGGGAUGCGGUUCUGGGAGGGAAAACAAAGAGG